CAGCCGCGCAUGCGCAGUCUCUUCUGGUUAUAGACCCGGCGGCUCGGCCCGGCGUGCCUUUUCAGUAAGUAACAGAUGCGGGUGAAAGAGCCUUCCAGAGCUUUGCCUGAGAAAGCCAAAAGAAGUAAAAGGCCUGCUCUACCUCAUGAUGAAGACUCUUCAGACGACAUUGCUGGUUUCACUUGCCAGCAUGUAAGUCAUGCUAUCAGUGUGAAUCAUGUGAAGAGAGCAAUAGCUGAGAAUGUGUUGUCAGUUUGCUCAGAAUGUUUAAAAGAAAGAAGAUGCUGUGAGGGGCGGCCAGUACUUCCCUCUGACAUUUGGUUGUGCCUCAAGUGUGGUUUUCAGGGAUGUGGUAGAAACUCAGAAGGCCAUCAUUCACUGAAGCACUACAAGAGUUGGAGAACAACAGAAUCUCAUUGUAUUACAGUUAGUCUAAGCACAUGGAUUAUAUGGUGUUAUGAAUGUGAUGAAAAAUUAUCAACACAGUGUAAUAAGAAGGUUUUGGCUCAAACAGUUGAUUUUCUCCAGAAGCAUGUUUCUAAAACACAAACAGGUGCAUUUUCUAGAAUCCUAAAACUUUGUGAGGAAAAAUGUGAAACAGGUGAAAAAAAGAAGGGACGAAAAGGCAGCAGUGUACCGUCUGUGAAAGGAAUUUCAAAUUUAGGAAAUACUUGCUUUUUUAAUGCAGUCAUGCAGAACUUGGCACAAUCUUACAUUCUUAUGGAACUGAUGAAUGAGAACAAAGAAAAUGGGACAAAACUCAAGAUUUUUCCUUCUCCAGACUCUCAGCUGGACCCAUUAAUAGUGGAACUUUCAAGCCCUGGACCAUUGACCUCAGCCUUGUUGGUGUUUCUUCACAGCAUGAAGGAGACUGAAAAAGGACCACUUUCUCCUAAAGUUCUUUUUAAUCAGCUUUGUCAGAAGGCCCCUCGGUUUAAAGGUUUCCAGCAACAGGACAGUCAGGAGCUUCUGCAUUAUCUGCUGGAUGCAGUGAGGACAGAAGAAACAAAGCGAAUACAAGCUAGCAUUCUAAAAGCAUUUAACAACCCAACUACUAAAACUGCUGAUGAGGAUACUAGAAAAAAAGUCAAAGCAUAUGGAAGAGAAGGUGUGAAAAUGAACUUCAUAGAUCGGAUCUUUAUUGGUGAAUUAACUAGCACAGUCAUGUGUGAAGAAUGUGCAAAUAUCUCCUCAGUGAAUGAUCCUUUUAUUGAUAUUUCACUUCCUAUAAUAGAAGAACGGGUUUCAAAACCUGUACUUUUGGGACGAAUGAGUAAAUGUAGAAGUUUGCAGGCGACAGAUAAUGGUCAGUACAGUGACACUGUUACUAUAGAAAAUACUCCUCAACCCAGAGCCACCAAGAACCAGUCUUCAUCUAAAGAUAAGAAUCAACUAGUUCAUGGCAGAAAAUGUGUGAGAAAAUGGUCAUCUGGAGAAGAUCGGGCGGUCGUCGUGCCCCGGAAACGUGGGCCCCCUGAGCUGAACGGGGCGUCCCCGGCCGCGGCGAGCACCGCGAACACCGAGUCUCUGACCGAGAGCGCCACGGAGGGCAGCGAGAGGGAGGCCGGCCCUUCUGAGAGCAGCGCUGAUGCGGACAGCGAGGCCUCAGAGUCCGAAAGUGCUGCUGAGCAGCCUGUGCUGUCCGCGUCCCCCCGGGGCUGCCGCGUGCAGCCGCGCGCCCCCUCUCCGCAGCCGCCGGCCGGCGGACCCCCCACCCGCGAGCCUGGCCGCGGGGAGGAGCGAGUGGCCGAGGCUCUUUCGGAACUUCGUCUGAGCAGCCCUGUACCUGGAGAGAGAGAUUUUGAUAGAGAAGAUAGGCCCCAAAGGGUCCCAAGCAGUGCAUGCUCUUCGGAGGAGAAGCGCGUGCUGUCUCCUCGCCCCCCACAUGCCUUUCAGACCCUUUCUCGGAGCUAUGUGACCGCCUCCAAAGAAUGCUCGCUUCAGUCCUGUUUCUACCAGUUUUCAUCGAUGGAGUUACUAAUGGGGAAUAACAAGCUUCUGUGUGAGAACUGUACUGAGAAGAAACGGAGGCACCAAAAGGAAACCGGUUCUGCAGAAAAGAAAGCAGAAGGAGUUUAUACUAAUGCCAGGAAACAAUUGCUCAUUUCUGCUGUUCCAGUCAUCCUAAUUCUCCAUCUCAAAAGAUUCCAUCAGGCUGGCUUGAGUCUUCGAAAAGUAAACAGACAUGUAGAUUUUCCACUUGUGCUUGAUUUAGCACCAUUCUGUUCUGCUACUUGUAAGAAUGUAAGUGUGGGAGAUAAAGUUCUCUAUGGUCUCUAUGGCGUGGUGGAACACAGUGGCUCCAUGAGAGGAGGUCACUACACAGCUUAUGUGAAAGUGAGAACACCCUCCAGGAAAUUAUUGCAGCAUAUCACUGGAAAGACAUACGUACCUGAUUUGAAGGAGCCUGAUAGUGAAUCGACAGGCCAGUGGGUCCACGUUAGUGACACUUACGUGCAGGUGGUUCCAGAAUCAAGAGCGCUGAGUGCCCAAGCGUAUCUUCUUUUUUAUGAAAGAAUAUUAUAAUUAUCUGGUAAUACUUGGUGAUGAUGAUGAUUUUAGAUCACUUUUGUUUCAAUGCUGCAACCAUAACCAUAAUAUAGUAAUGUGCCUUUGUAGUCUUUUCUGUAGGAAUAGCAUGUCCCUGAAAUGCCUCUGAAGAUUUUUACCACUUUGGUGAAUCCUUUUAAUGUUAAUUAAAUUUACUCAACGCUUCCAAACUUAUAUUCUUAAAAUACAUGUAAAUAAAUGUUUUUAAGGAAUAUUUAUCCUAGGAAAAAAAAGAGUUUGCAGCAGUAGAGGAACCCCCCCCCCCCUUAUAAUGUGGCUUAUUACUACCAGCAUUCAGAAAUGAUGCUGGCUAAUCACAUUGUUCCUUAAAACAGUGUUUACCAAAUGUGAGUUGCAUACCACCUUUCUGAUUUCAUGUGUGUGUGUGUGUAUGUGUAUGUAUUUAUCUAGUGUGCCAUUGUCUAGUUAUUUUUAACCUGAAUUUUUUGGCUUACAUUUUUAAACGUAGCCUUGUUUUGAGCAUAUUUCACAUUUUAUGUGCUAGUUAUAUUAUUCCUAAUAAACAUUAAAAAUACAUAGCGAUUAGAGAAAAAUUUUUCAUCCACGUAGCACUCCGCUUCAUGUCUCAGGGCUGUCCAGUGGUGUACAUAUACCGCUGUGUGGGAAACAUUGUUAUAACAUAUACUUACACAGUAGGUACAGUGACCUCAUGAUAUUUUGUGUGAUUCCACCUUAUAAAAAGAUACCACUGUAGCUUCAGUAAUAGGAUCCUACACAUAAUUUAUUGAUUAGCUUGUUGCUUUGAGGUUUUGACAACUAGACAAAUGUUGAAAUAUAUCAUCAGCGUAUUAUUUGCAGCCUGUUCAUGAUGGAAUUGAAGAUAAUUUGCAUGUAAUUAGCCAACGUCAAAAUAUAACUAUUGAUAAUUAUAACAAGCGGAAUUGGUAAAAAGAAGUUGUUAAUCCACAUGGGAUCAAUGGAUACUUUGAAAUAUAAAUUACCAAAUUAUAUUAUUAUACUUGACAGGGAAAUAUAAUUUUCUAGUUCUGUAGGUCAGUAAAUAUUAAUCAUGGUUUUGGAAUUUGUGAUCACUUUUGUCACCAACAAGCAUCAUUAAUAAGUUCAUGUGGGCUUAGCUUGUAUUUUAAUGAGGUGUAAAGUUGGCAUUUCAGUUUUUAAAUAAAUACAGUAAAAAUUUGGUACUUAAACCCUCCCUGCAGAAUACAAAUUAUUGAGCUGUCUUGGCUUAAUACUUGGCAUGAACAUGCUUCUAUUAUUACUUAGGCAUAAAAUUUUAAAAAAUAACGGCUACUUGGGUCUUGUAUUACUGAAUCAAAACCCAUACCUGCAUGGUUCAAGCAUUCUAAUCAUUAGUGCCAACACAUCAUACUACAGGCAGCUACUGGCUAAGUGCCUAGUUCCAGUUCAUUUUCCUCUUGGGAAGGAAGGAUAGGAGUAGAGGCUGUAGAUAAUGUGUGGAAAUAUUUAACCAAGCCUUUGACCCUUCUUAACAUUUAAGGUUGUAUAAUAUUGUCAAGUUUACUGGUGCUGCCUUUUGAUACGUGGUUAAGAGGAAUUGUGAUUAGUGUUAAAGAUGGUAAUAAUAUAUAAAAAUCAGAGCUUAAAAAUGUCAUUGCACAAAUUCUAUCUUUAAGGUAUUCAAAUUUGAAAUAAUAGUGUUUUCUUGAUUUUUUUUAAUGUGAUGGAGAAAUAUAUCUUUAUAAAUUAAUCUGCAAACUCAGAUUGGGUCCUAUAAAAAGCAGUUUGAACUGUUUAAAUUAAACAAUGUUUUAUGUUUAUUUGUAAUCCAUGAACAUUGAAGUUUUCAGUACCAGAGCAGUGAGUUUUUUUGGAAAAUAUUAGUUAAACCUCAUUAUUCAAGUUAGCCAUAUUGGUAAUGACAAUUACCAUCUUUUCCCCCAAAUGUAAAUACCAAGUCACCUCAUUUUUCUCCUAAGAAAAGAUACCAUUAGGAGGCACAUAUUUUUCAUUGGAUGGUCACUUGCUUCCUGUUUCAUUGGUAGAUGGAUAGACACAAGAGAAAAAGUGAGAGAAAGAAGGAAAGAAAGGGAAAGGAAAGAAAAAGGAUAGGAAAGAAACAAGAGCAUUCUUUUCUCUUGCCUCUUGGCUUUAUCCCUUACAUAGCUCAAGUCAGAGAUGGUGAGACAGGUAAGGGCAGGAAUCAGGGAAAGUGCCUAGUCCUCUUUUCAUUAAUAGGAUGCCCAGGAAAUGCACCAGUGCUGUAGUUACCAAAGAGGAGACUGUAUGAGCUUUAUUCUGCGUACCAGUUAAGACAAUUUUUCAUUGAGUGAUACAUUGUAGCUUUAGAAUAUUACCUCGGUACUCAAGUACUGCAGUAGUUCUUAUGUUUAACUUAACAUUUGUUCAGUAAGUAUGUAUUUUUUGAAUACCUGAGAUGGGUCAGACACUGUGCUGACACCAUUUUAACAUGUUUUAAAAUGGAGAAGCCUAUAUAUGUUUUAGACAUUAUUCCAGAAGUAACAUGAAAAGAGAAACUUUAUUUUCAUCUCAUGGUAAAAGAGCAAAGUCUGAAAUCUACUUUUUUAUGGCCUAGAGUUUCUGAAUAUUUUUCAGGGUCUGCUGGUAAAUGGAACAAAUUUGAUUUUGAUACCUAAGAAUUUCCUAAAGAUAGAUUUGUAAUAGGGAAAGUAUGUUAAGGUACUCAUGGGCCUACAUUUAAUUUCUUGUUUAUUCUGAACAUUUUGAAAGCACAUUUGCAGGGGUACUAAAUUGUGAAGCUGCUAGAAUAACAAUAGUUUCUAGAUGACCUCAGGAAACCAUACAAAUAAGUGAGAAAUGUUUACAGAUUCUUGAAACAACUACCAUUGUGCUUGGCCAAGUGAGUUUAAGAAGUAAAACAGAAGUUUCACUAGCUGUAUUUAGAAACUGGUUUACAGGGUAUGUCUAACCUGUUUCCUCUGUUUUUUCCUAUUUAAAAUGAUAAAAUUUUGAUUAUGUGUCAAUUAUGGGAAUACUUUUGGCAUAACCAAAUAUGUUUCUGUAUUUAAGACUUUGUUAUUUAAUGUUUUUAAACCAGAUGUGAAAACCACCUUUUUGGGUGGCAAGGACAGUGGUAGUGGUGUCAGUUCUAAGAGGAGUUGAUUCCUGUUUUCUUAUUUUAAAUGCUCCAACAGAGCUAUUUUACUAUAUAUAAUAGCUCUUAGCUUGCAUGCGCGAUGAUUUUAGUGAUUUUAUACAACAGCUGAAUAAAAUUUCCUAAAGAUUAAGCUGUGAACUGUAUCACUUUCACCCAAUUUUUAUAGUACAAAAUACCAUUCUGCCCACUUCUAAAUUCAUAUUCAUAAUUUGCAUGUUAUCAAAUAAGCCUAAACCAAAUAUGUGCAAUAAAAUUGAGCUUUUAUAUAUUAACUAGUGAAUUAAGAAAGAUGAUUUUUAGAUAUUUAAAAUGUUUUGGUUCAUGUAGAAAUCGCCAAUUCAAAUCUGUUUAAAAGAUAGAGGACUGUAUUUUUAAUUUUGAGUAAUGCUGGUUAUAUACCAUUCCUACUGUUUUAUCUUUUUUGCAGUGUUUUUAGAAAAUAGCUAUGUAACUUAUUGAGCACUAUUUUGAUGUUACUGUAUAAAAAUGCAUAAUAAAUAUUAAAUUUUUUGUUUCUCAGUUGGUCCUGGAGU